CAAUAUUAAUCAUCCUGAGAAAAUGUAUACGUAUAUAUUAAUGUGUAAAACAAAUGUUGUGUUAGUGUAGCGUAAGAUACUAACUUAUAUAAACAUCGCUUGAACGUCGCCCUCAUGUCUGUACACCGAUUGAGUUAACAAUAAAGAAAACAUGCAACCGCAAGCUGGUAACACGCAGCAAGCAAGCCUUGGUCAGCUUCGAGUUGGGAUGAAUUUGUCUGCAGACACGCACACCAUUACAGGUCCUGGGAGAGUUCCAGUCAAGUCCAACUCAAAAAAAUUCACCAUUAAAGACUUUGACAUCGGCCGUCCACUGGGAAAGGGAAAGUUUGGGAAUGUGUACUUGGCACGAGAGCGGAAGUUGAAGGUGAUCGUGGCUUUAAAGGUUCUGUUUAAAUCUCAAAUGGAGAAAGAAGGUGUAGAACAUCAGCUAAGAAGAGAAAUUGAAAUCCAGUCUCAUCUCAGGCAUCCAAAUAUUCUGCACUUCUAUAACUAUUUCCACGACUCCUCUCGGGUGUUUCUGAUUUUGGAGUACGCUCCACGUGGAGAGAUGUAUAAGGAGCUUCAGCGUUGUGGACGUUUCGAUGACCAGCGCACAGCUACUUACAUGGAGGAAAUAGCUGAUGCUCUUCAGUACUGUCAUGAGAAGAAAGUAAUUCACAGAGAUAUUAAACCAGAGAACCUGUUGCUGGGCUUCAGAGGAGAACUUAAAAUCGCAGACUUCGGUUGGUCUGUCCAUGCGCCAUCACUAAGACGUCGCACCAUGUGUGGCACGCUGGACUAUCUGCCACCUGAGAUGAUCGAGGGUCACACUCAUGAUGAAAAGGUGGACCUGUGGUGCAUCGGUGUGCUGUGUUACGAGUGUUUAGUUGGAAACCCACCGUUUGAGACGGCCAGCCACACUGAAACAUACAAGCGAAUUACUAAGGUUGAUCUUCAGUUUCCUAAAGUAGUGUCAGAUGGUGCUCGAGAUCUGAUAUCUAAGCUGCUCCGUCACAGUCCCACCAUGCGUAUGCCGCUCAGAAACGUAAUGGAGCAUCCGUGGGUGAAAGCAAACUCUCGCCGAGUUCUGCCCCCAGUCUGUAACCCACAGGCCGCCUCACAUCACUGAUUUCAGUUCAGAAUCUGCUGAUCACGAGAGAGAAUUCUGCAUCUAUAAGUGUCAGAAACACCUGCUUUAGGGCUUCAUCCUCUGUCUGUUCAACACGAGGUGGUGUCGGUUAUUUAAUGAUGCUGCUUGAUUGGCAUCCUGACUGGGAUGUUUGAUAUAAACAAACAAACUUAUGUAUUAAAUGUAUUAUUUUUCACCUUUAUGCUCCUUUUAAAGUUGUAGAUGUCUGUAGUUCCUGUUCUGUCGGUAUUCGUGUUUUUUCUGUCUUUCUGUAUCCUUUUGCUUGUAAAUGUGUUUAUGCUUAGAAACAUAAAAGGUUUUAAAUAUGUUUUGUGCUGUGACAUUUGAUUUACAAACUGCUGUAUUCAAAGUCAGAUGUACCUGAUGAAAUUUUUAUUUCAGGAUGUUUCAUAAAUGCUCUUUUUAAGCAGUAAUAUGCUUUUGGUUUAUUAUGGUAAUGAUUAUUGCUUUGUGCUUUACAAGUUUACUACUGUUGAUACUAUUUUCCAUAAAUACUUAUUUAAAUCCUG